UUUUUUUUUUUUUUUUGCUAACCGGGAUCACGAUUUCAUCUCUUCCUUUUUGUCAUCAUCACACCACUGCUCCACUCAUGCCUUCUCGAGUUAUCUAAACGUCCCUCUCUAUCCUGACCUUCUUGUUCCCACCCUCGUCCGUUUUCCCUGUGUUAUCCUGGAAGAUCCUCCCCUUUCAUCAUCUUCCGUCACCCUUUCCUUUUGGUUUUCAUCAACGCCAAUUCUGGCCUACCGCCCUUCGAACUAUUGCACCUCAACUUGCACGCAACCAACAAUGGCAUUCGCGAGGUUCUCGUACCUCCAUACGAUCCUUAUACUGUCGACGCUCGUCCUUGUAUGGUUGAUUUGGUCCACCGUCCGCCUUCAAGGGAAUGAAUCAAAUAAUAUCCCACCAUACCGAUACCAUGGCGACAAUGCCUAUGGCGAUCCUUUUCAGGACGAGUUCAAUAAAGAGUUCGAACGCGAGAACAACGGACUCCCGGAUCCAGAAAAGGACCUGCCCUAUGUCACUGAUCGCACCAACUCUCCUCUGGAAACUUUGACCAAGAAUUUCACAAUCGUCACCGCAGCCUCUGCCAACCACUUUUGCGCCCUCGAGAGUUUUCUUUAUUCGCUGUCGGAGGUUUUUGAGGGUCUAGAGCGUACAGAAGUGCGACCAAAGAUGGUUGUUUACAAUCUUGGAGGGAUGACGAGCGAGCAAUUGUCCCAGCUUCAGUACCUAAAGGACAACCAAUACAUUGACGAAUACAAGGAUUUCGAAUACGAAAAGUACCCCGACUUUUGGGACAUUACGAUCGCUCGAGGAGAGUACGGCUGGAAAGCAGGCAUCAUCAAGGAGGUCGCAGACCAGGACCGUGGGUUACUGUUGUGGAUGGAUUCGGGCAAUAUGCUGGCAUUGGAUUUUUUGCGAUACCUGCCUGGAUAUCUGGACAAGUUUGGUUUCUGGAGUCCGCAGAGUUCGGGAUCGUUCCGACAGUAUACGCAUCCAGGCUUGCCACAGUACUAUGGUGACACGCUCGAGACCUACGCUCAGGAGACCAACUGUAAUGGAGCAGUUAUCGCGUUUGAUGCGUCGAACGAUCGGAUCUACAAUGGACUGUUGAAUGAGUGGUACAAGUGCUCGUCGACCAAGGAGUGCAUCGCACCUUCGGGCUCCUCUCGAACGAACCAUCGACAGGAUCAGGCGGCACUCACGUACCUGGUCAAGAAGAUGCACUUUGUGGAGCAGUGCCGACACUUCCCAGAACAUUAUGGCGUCACAGUGCAUCAAGACAAGGUUUGCAGGGAGAGGAUACGUGCCUACAAAAUCAUGAAGGGACUCGAUCAGGAGAACGAGGACAUGAAUGGUGAUGAUGGUGAGGAUGAGGAUGAGGAUGAGGAUGAGGGAGGUGUCGUCCAGGCAUAAAGGGCCCCUGUUCAUUCUCAAUCCUCGUACCGCUCCGCAUCCUACACCCAGCAUUUUUUUAAUAUUGGUCUCCAGUGAUGGUUGAGAUAGAGUACCUCAGCUUUGGAGACUAUUUUUAAAUAUCACCCCACUCUCUUCCUCUUCUCUUCUUUUCUUUACUCUUCGUCUCUUCUCCAAAGUUUACCCGGCGCUAUACCAGGCGAUUCUACAAAAAAGAAAUACGUGUAUAUUUAUUAAUGAUAUGAUGCUAUUAAAGAUUAAUGAACCCUC